CUUUCUACUCUUUUUUCCUUACUCUUUUUACGUUUGUCACGCUUUUCUUUUUAUUAUUAAAUUUUACAGCUGUCGAUUGGCAAUGUCCACGUCUGAAUCCAACCGCUUUGACAUCGUGCAGUAUUACAAUGACCUCGUUAAGAAGGACUCGAGCAUAUCGUCGCCUGUCGCGGCAGUGAGCAGCCUGGUCAGAGCAAUUGAGGAGCAGAACGCAACAACCAUGCUUGAGUUUAUGAUGAUUGUGCGCACGGCGUGCGAGGAGCUGAAGAAGGCGACAGACAACUCCAUCUCGCUGUCAGCAGGCUGCGACGUGUUCUUGCAGCAAAUGUCGCGACUGUCGCAUGCGCAGAGCGUCGACGAGUGCCGCAUGGCGUUAAUAAAGGCUGGCACAGACUUUGUGCAGGGCGCCGGCAAAUGCCGCGAGCUUGUGGCGGAGUACGGCAGUCCGUUCGUGCGCGAUGAACAGACGAUUCUCGUUCACUCGUACUCGCGGGUCAUCAUGGGCCUUUUGCGCCGCGCUGUCAAGCAGAACAAGCGCUUCCGCGUUUUUAUCACAGAGUCGCGCCCCGACCAGAGUGGCUUCCAGGCCGCUGAGGAGCUGCACCAGCUGGGCGUCCCCUGUGAGAUCGUUCUGGAUGCGGCCGUCGGGUACAUAAUGGAAAAGGUCGACAUGGUGCUUGUUGGCGCCGAGGGCGUCGUUGAGAGCGGCGGCCUGAUCAACAAAAUUGGCACAUACCAGCUGGCCAUCAUCGCCAGGGCCGCGAAGAAGCCGCUUUACGCGCUGGCCGAGAGCUUCAAGUUUGUGCGCCUGUACCCGCUCAGCCAAUACGACCUGCCCACGUACAGAGGCGACCUGCUUUCGUUCAAGGACAAGGCGGAGGCCAAGGUCGACUGGCAGUCCGAGCUGUCGCGCAGCAACCCCAUGCUGGACUACACGCCGCCCGACUUUAUCACGCUUAUGUUCACCGAUCUGGGCGUCAUGACGCCCUCAGGAGUCAGCGACGAGCUGAUAAAGUUCUACCUGGACUAGACCUAUGCGCGCCUAGAUCUAGGUUAUCACUUUUGCAAAUAGAAAUCUGAGUGGCAUUUUUUACAAAACAAGC